CAUGAUAGAGCUCUUUUGCUGGUAAACUUAAACUAGAACUGCCUGAACACUAAAAAUAUUUCUAGCCUCAGGGUAUAGGAACUGUUAUUUUUAGGUGGAAAAAUACAGGAAACGACACCAGAAACGUGUUUUCAGUGAAGCACGGUUUGAUGUGACCUAAAAUACGACCGACAAAAAUUUGAAUUCCUGCUAAUUUUGUCACAGAAAUAAAUUUGUUUAAUUUUCCUUUAAUGUUUUCAAGAAUUAAUCCUUCAUUGCCUGGGGGAAAAAUUUUUAUUGAGCCGUUUACGUUUCGCGAUGAUGCAGGUCAAAGUGUUUGGAACAUAGAAGAUAAUCCGUUUCGUCGAUCAACCUAAAUCAUAGCGUGUCACGUUAGUUAUUUAGAUUCAAAUAAGAAAUGAUCACUCCUGCCACUUCUCCAUCGCUUUAAUUUGAGUAGUUAAAGUGUGUUUCACGAGCCGUAGAAAUCGUUCGAAACUGCAUCAGACCAUGUAUAGUUUGUUCACGCAGUAAACAUUUCCGGAAUCAACGACCAUAAUUAUGAAUUUGACAACGGUCCCAAAAUGCCGGAUUCGUCAUGUACGGACAGUCCGUGGUGCGGAUGUGAUCCAUUCUAUGUUGUAUGAUUUUAACAAUAUGAAAGUUGAAGUAAAUUGUCACAAAGAAUCAUUUCAUGAGCAAACAACUAAGCGUCCUGUUUCGGUAGUCAAACAUCGCCCUGUAUCUAUUUCAUUAGAACCAUCUUCAUUUCUAAGUGGAGAGACGUUCUGUUUCCGCUCAUGUCAUUUUCAGCCCGGUAUAAGAAUCCAUCAAAGAUGCUUGAUUCGUGCAAAAUCAGAAAGGAACAUUCUAGGCGGAGAUUGAUAAACGGGGUUACAUUCUUGUCUGUUAUUACAUCCCACGGAGAGCCGGCUUGUGAUUCCAGUUUUUACCACGUGCGAGGAAUUACAAAUGGAACAAGAGGACAGAAUUCGAUCAUUGAAUUCCAAGAGCGAAGAACAGAUGUCAUUUCAAGACAGGAGCUGCCCUCCACAGACGUUGUCCAGUCCAGACGAGCCAGAGGCGAACGCGCCAGAAACGGCCAAGUCAAGCGGCCAACAAACAAGCAUCUCGCAGUUUGACUCCGUCAAAAAGGAUCAUUCUGACAAAGAUUUGAAGAAACGAAAAAGGCGAGUGUUGUUCACAAAAGCGCAAACUUUUGUCUUGGAAAGACGAUUUCAACAGCAAAGAUACUUAUCUGCGCCCGAACGCGAGGAAUUGGCAAGAAUCGUAAAUCUUACACCAGCCCAAGUGAAAAUUUGGUUUCAGAAUCACAGAUACAAAUAUCGUAAGCAGAUUAGCGAACGAGGACCUUGGGACAAACCCUACUCGCCUCUUUCACAAGGAGCAUUGCUAAAUGGUUCUGGACAAUUCUGCAGCUGUGUCAGUCCUUCGUGUAGCUAUCUAAGCGGGUCGCCGUAUCAAGGCGACUACCUGCAUUAUCCUCCGCCCGUAAACUCUUCCUACAUCCAACCGACAACUUAUUGGUAAAAAAAUUCACGUUGCUCCAAGAAAUGCGCCUGCUGUUGUGAACAAAUAGCUGUUAAAUUUUUAGAAAACGCAGCGAGUUUAUUUAUCGAUAAGUCAGUCUGUGUUUUACAAGUAAUUGGAGUAAAUGUUCAUUGGGUGCGUAGCGUUUGUCAAAAACAGAUAAAAAAGUGAAAAGUUCAGUUUAGAUCAUAGCUUCUAAGAAAACAUGGCUUGUAUAAAGGUACAAAAAUUAACCUGUGGAAGGCUCGCAAUAACUAUAUAAAAAAGUCCGCUGUAAAUUCUACGCUUUCUUGGGCAAAACCGAGAUUCGAUCGUCUAUUCCAAUACUUGGCAAAUUUGAUCAGUAGAAAUCGCGUGUGUUAACCAGUGUAGAAAUAACAGAGAAAGGGAUCAUUAAGAUAGUAAAAACUAUAUUGUAAAUAGUUGCGUACUUAGUGUGUAAGAUGAUUGUGUAAUGUAUUGUAUUGUACUGCUUGGAGAAGAAAAUCGGUGCCGUUUCAUGCAGAUAAUAUAAUGUACAGGAAAUAUCAACUGUGCGCGUUGGACAUUUU